AUGAAUGUUACUGAAAUCGUGAAUAUUUCGACAACCGAUGGCUACAAUGUGACCAAUGGUCUUGAUUGUGGUGGUGAACCACACUCUUACGCGCUAUGGGAACGUGUAAUGAUAGUGAUUAUUGCCGUUUUUCUUAGUGUGAUAACCGUUGUUGGAAAUAUCAUGGUGAUGAUUUCAUUUAAAAUAGACAAACAACUGCAAACUACCUCCAAUUAUUUCUUAUUCAGUUUGGCAGUCGCUGAUUUCGCCAUCGGUUUAAUCUCCAUGCCUCUGUUCACAGUGUAUACUGUGCUUGGUUAUUGGCCGUUAGGACCGCACGUUUGCGAUACGUGGUUGGCAUUGGAUUAUUUGGCAAGCAAUGCUUCGGUUUUAAAUCUUCUGAUUAUCAGCUUCGACAGAUAUUUCUCUAUAAAGUGGCCCCUUUCCUAUCGCGUCAAGAGGACGACUUCUAAGGCAGCAAUUAUGAUAGCGUCAGCCUGGGGAAUUUCGUUGCUUCUAUGGCCACCAUGGAUUUAUGCUUGGCCAUAUAUCGAAGGACAGAGAACAGUACCUGGGAACGCCUGCUAUAUUCAAUUUAUCGAAACAAAUCAUUACAUCACGUUUGGUACCGCAAUCGCCGCAUUUUAUGUGCCCGUCACUGUGAUGAUUACCCUUUACUGGCGAAUAUGGAAGGAAACCACAAAUCGUCAGAAAACUCUUCCAUAUUUGCAGGCAGGGAAAGAAGACGCUAGUAAGCGGAGUACAUCUAGCGAUGGUCGGUUGGACACGGAUGACAGCAGAAGGCCUAGGAGCGAAUCUAGCACGGGUGUAAGCGACAUGAAUUCGACACAUAUCGCAGUCUCGUAUCUCGAUAGACACUAUUCUCAAUAUGAAACAAAAUAUAGACCUUUUUCAUGGAUGUGGCUUAAAAUGUGGUGCAUCGCAUGGUGGCUUAGUGGACGCGACGAUGAUGACGAUGACGAUGAUGAGGAUGAAGUCGACGGCGCUGAAAGUAGUCGCACGGGCCCUGGUUACGAUGAAGUGAUCACACCAUUGUCAGCAGAAACUCCUCUUACUGGUACGGUGUCCCGAUCUCCAUCAAUAAGCGGAAUUCAUUCUACAACUCUAACUACUGACAAAAGCAUUAGUUUUGCUGACAACCACGAGUAUGGAAAACCUGGAAAAGUCAGCGAGUUAUCAACCAAAAGUAUCUCCAAUGAUUCUGUCUACACAAUUCUAAUCCGGCUUCCAAGAGACAGCAGCGGUAUAGGAAAAUACACAGAUGGGCCGAGCAUAAAAAUGUACCACAACGAAAGUCCUGCAUCAAUAAUCAGAAGACCGUCGCAAAUGCCUGAUAUAAGAAUGCCUUUAAAUACGAAGAACAUUCCAAAACAGGUAACGAGUAAGAGUGCUACAAGUGACGACGCAGACAAGAAAAAGAAGAAUCUUCAGGACAAGAAAGGGGAACGUAAGGCCGCAAAGACUUUAUCGGCCAUCUUGUUGGCAUUCAUCAUUACUUGGACACCAUACAAUAUUCUCGUUCUGAUCAAAUCCAUCACAGCCUGUUCGUGGUACAUACCGCAGCAACUGUGGGACUUUUUCUAUUAUCUUUGUUACAUUAACAGUACUGUGAAUCCAAUGUGUUAUGCCCUAUGUAACGCAGCGUUUCGAAGAACAUAUGUGCGAAUACUCAAGUGUAAGUGGCAUAACAGGAACAGGAGCGCGGUAUUUUCGCAACACAAUCUAAAAAACAACUCGAUCUAA